ACGCCCAAGGUGGACUCAAUGAUUGACACGGCACUCAUUAGAUGGUCUGGGAGGGGUUCGGAUCUGAGCAAUCGUCAGUUUGGUCCAGAUACCCAUCGAAAAUGGGUUUCUUCGAUGGAAGAACAUCGGUACAGCGGGGGUUUAUUCACACAGGUAUUGCGAGCCCCCAAAAAGUACCAAGGAAGAAUAGUAACCGUCAAGUUCUAAAAUUCAACCUGCAGCCAUUUGAGCGUGGUUAAUGACUCAUUGAUCAUGAAAAUUAUGAGGCUUCCCGUGUUGAUAGAAACGUGCAAUUUCGUACAAAGGUAUGUCCUAAAUUGUAAAAGAAAGUAAAAAUCUGAAAAUUCCUAUUUUCUCAAAAUUAAUCCCGUUUUAGGGUAGAGGUGGUAGCCUCAUCUUCAAAAUCAUUAGACACUUCCCGUAUAGGUAGAAACGUGAAAUUUUCAAGAAAGCAAAGGUAUCAAACAAUCUGGGAUCAUGUGUAAUAUGACAAGUUGCUGUUUUGUGUUCCCUUUAAAGGUCGGCGUACAAAUAUGCUGCUUCCUUUCAGUUACUUUUGAAGUUCUCACGAUAGUCUAUUACUUCCCCGAAUACAUAACAGACCUUGUCAAUUCGACUACUACCCAAGAUUAUGCUCUUUCAUCUUUUUCCUUAACUCUACUCUCUAUAUCCUCUCUAAUCGACAUUACUGCGACAAUUAUAGUCAGUAUCUCAGCAUUAAAAGUAGUUUCGCGUAUUUCAGCUCAACCUGGCAUGGCUAACUCUCGGCUUGGUGUACGCAUUCGGCAAAGUGGUCAGUUUCGUCAUCGAAUACGUUAUUGCAAAGUUAUUCAACAUGUUUUCAUGGCAUGUCGUCCCACAUUUUGUUUUCAAGUUCCUAAUUCUAAUGGUCUACUACAGUUUCUGGAAGGAAAUAAAAAACGUAGAAGGAGACUACGGGCUCGAGUUAAAUUUCGAACCGUCCUAAGAGGAAUCGAAAUGAUUUUAAAAGCAUUCUAGUUCGACGUGGAGCGAUAUAACCAACAAACAAAAUCGCCAAAAUAUGGAAAACAUCACCAUCGUUAUUGGAAAUCGUCCACAUAAUGCACACCUUUUGCAAAUGAAUGACUGCCAUUUUUACCAUUUGUACCCCACGCCUUCAGCCCUUUUAAUCGAGCGUUUAAUCGUUUCCGCCACUCAGUUUUUAAUUUGGAAAUAGAUACUGAUGAAUUUUUAAUAACUCUGCUACCUGCUGCAGUGAUUUAUCGUAUUUGCUCUCUUGUAAGUAGCACCCCCUCAAUUCGGGGGAUAACAAUAACAACAAGAAACUUGGCAGAUGAAAUAAUUCAGCCUUUUUGGUUUGCUGUAUUAUUAUAUAUA